GCUCGGUGCUGGGGAGCCCCAUGCCUACUGCGGGGGAGGGAGAGCCCGUCCCGCCCCGCGGUGGGCGCCUCUUCGCUCGGCUCGGGUCUAUGGAGGAAAAACUGCGCUGGCCCUGCGAUUCCCAUGGCCGCAGUCGCCUGCAGCACCAAGGCCAUGUCCCUCUUCAAGAGGACCUUGGUGCUGAGUCCCGGCGCGGCACCCAGGGGCGCGGGCACCCCCUCGCGCGGCUGCCCCUUGCCUCCCGCCGCCUGGCCGUCCAAGGACCGGCCGCGGGGAGAGGGCGUGUGCGGCCGGCUGCGGAGCCCCGCGGCAGCCGGCCGCUCGCCCCAGCCCCACUCCAGCACCUCCGCGUCUCCCACCGCCGUGUGUCUCCUCUGCCCGCAGGACUCGCUCAGCAGCAGCUUGAAAACUUGCUACAAGUACCUGAAUCAGACCAGUCGCAGUUUCGCAGCUGUUAUCCAGGCGCUGGAUGGGGAAAUGCGCCAUGCAGUAUGCAUAUUUUAUCUGGUUCUCCGAGCUUUGGACACGCUGGAAGAUGACAUGACUAUCAGUAUAGAAAGAAAAGUGCCACUGCUACACAACUUCCACUCAUACCUUUAUGAGCCUGACUGGCGGUUCACGGAGAGCCAGGAGAAGGACCGACAAGUCCUGGAGGACUUUCCAACGAUCUCCCUGGAGUUUCGAAAUCUGGCUGAGAAAUAUCAAAUAGUGAUUGUCGAUGUUUGCCGCAAGAUGGGCUUUGGGAUGGCGGAGUUUCUGGAUAAGCGCGUGACAUCUGAACGGGAGUGGGACAAGUACUGUCACUAUGUUGCUGGGCUAGUGGGAAUUGGCCUCUCCCGUCUCUUCUCGGCCUCAGAGUUAGAAGACCCCUUAAUUGGCGAAGACACAGAGCGAGCCAACUCUAUGGGCCUUUUCCUGCAGAAAACAAACAUCAUCCGUGAUUAUCUGGAAGACCAGCGAGAAGGAAGAGAGUUUUGGCCUCAAGAGACUUGGAGCAAGUAUGUGAAGAAGCUGGGUGACUUUGCUAAGCCAGAGAACAUUGACUUGGCUGUGCAGUGUCUGAACGAACUCAUCACCAACACACUGCACCACAUCCCCGACGUCAUCACCUACCUGUCCCGACUUAGGAACCAGAGUAUAUUUAACUUCUGCGCUAUUCCACAGGUCAUGGCCAUUGCUACUCUGGCUGCCUGUUACAAUAACCAGCAGGUGUUCAAGGGGGUGGUGAAGAUUCGCAAAGGGCAGGCGGUCACCCUGAUGAUGGACGCCACCAACAUGCCAGCCGUGAAAGCCAUUAUACACCAGUACAUGGAGGAGAUUUAUCACAGAAUUCCCAACUCUGACCCCUGUUCCACUAAAACUCGGCAAAUCAUCUCCACCAUCAGGACACAGAAUCUCCCCAACUGUCAGCUGGUCUCACGGAGCCACUACUCACCCAUCUACCUGUCAUUCGUCAUGCUCCUGGCGGCUCUGAGCUGGCAGUACCUGAGCACCAUGUCCCAGGUCACGGAGGACUACGUUCAGACUGGGGAGCACUGACUGGCUCGGUCUGGAGACUGAGCGCCCCUCCUCCCCAGCCCCCAUCCGGGAAACAGACUGACCUUCUCUUCAGGGAUGGAUGUGGGCUCCUCUUUUCUCUCCUCCUGUUUUAAUCCCUCAAAGAGUUCUGUGGGCCUGGACCUUUAGAAACUGUGACCUGUGGUGGAGAAAAAGAUAGGAUUAAAGGGAAAGGACACCUCACCUGUACUCACCUGUGCGGGGUGACUGAGGCCGAACGUUCAUGGCUGCCAUCAGGGAGUGGCUGCAUCCGGGCCUGCAGAGGAGAUCAUACUUAGUGUGAAUACAGGCUAGAAUUACAAUUAAAUGUAUUUAAUUCAAAGCAACUUUGGAAUACCUAUCGCAGUAGAAAGUGAAGUGAGUUUUCUUUCCGUUUGGUUCUUGUUUUUUUCAUCAUUUUGUUUCCUCCAGUGGACUUGAAUGUAGCAGGUGUGAAUAUUUGUAGAGUUCUAGGAAAUAUUCCUAAGAAUGCAGUCUGUCUGCUGCACAUGAAGCCUAGGAGGCAAGUUCUGGUGAAGUUGGCAUCAUUUCCUUGUUUAAAGGGAGUUUAGGUUCCAGGAUUGCCGUUGGUCCCUUCGUAGCAGGUGGGUUUCCAGUCAAAGCUAACGUUUUUGAGAUUUUUAUAAUAAAGAAUUGAAUUAUUCA